CCUUGGCUUCCUUGGAGCCUAGCGGCUCUCCCCGCGUCCAAGAUGGCGGCAGAAGCAGCUGGUGGGAAAUACAGAAGCACAGUCAGCAAAAGCAAAGACCCCUCGGGGCUGCUCAUCUCUGUGAUCAGGACUCUGUCUACUAGUGACGAUGUUGAAGACAGAGAAAAUGAAAAGGGUCGCCUUGAAGAAGCCUACGAGAAAUGUGACCGUGACCUGGAUGAAUUGAUUGUGCAGCACUACACAGAACUGACGACAGCCAUUCGCACAUACCAGAGCAUCACAGAGCGCAUCACUAACUCCCUAAAUAAAAUAAAGCAGGUAAAAGAGAACCUACUUUCAUGUAAGAUGCUGCUGCACUGCAAACGGGAUGAGCUUCGGAAACUAUGGAUUGAAGGAAUUGAGCAUAAGCAUGUCCUGAACUUGUUGGAUGAAAUUGAGAAUAUCAAGCAAGUGCCUCAAAAGCUGGAACAGUGCAUGGCCAGCAAGCACUAUCUCAGUGCCACUGACAUGCUGGUGUCAGCAGUUGAGUCUUUGGAGGGCCCCCUGCUCCAGGUGGAAGGACUGAGUGACCUUCGACUAGAGCUUCACAGCAAGAAGAUGAACCUCCACUUGGUUCUGAUAGAUGAACUACAUCGGCACCUGUACAUCAAAUCGACUAGCCGAGUUGUGCAGCGUAACAAGGAAAAAGGGAAAAUCAGCUCCCUUGUGAAAGAUGCUUCUGUUCCUCUGAUUGAUGUUACAAACCUCCCUACUCCUCGAAAAUUCCUUGAUACGUCUCACUAUUCUACUGCUGGAAGCUCAAGUGUGAGGGAGAUAAAUCUGCAGGACAUCAAGGAAGAUUUAGAAUUGGAUCCAGAGGAAAACAGCACCCUGUUUAUGGGUAUCCUCAUUAAGGGCUUGGCCAAACUGAAGAAGAUCCCAGAGACAGUUAAGGCAAUCAUAGAGCGCUUGGAGCAGGAGCUGAAGCAAAUUGUGAAGAGGUCUACAACCCAGGUGGCAGACAGUGGCUAUCAGCGUGGGGAGAACGUUACUGUGGAGAACCAACCAAGGUUGCUUCUAGAACUGCUGGAGUUACUGUUUGACAAGUUUAAUGCUGUAGCCACUGCACACUCUGUGGUCCUGGGAUACCUGCAGGACACUGUAGUGACUCCAUUGACUCAGCAGGAAGAUAUCAAACUGUAUGAUAUGGCAGAUGUAUGGGUGAAGAUCCAAGAUGUUCUACAGAUGCUGUUAACUGAGUACUUGGAUAUGAAAAAUACUCGUACGGCCUCUGAACCAUCAGCUCAACUAAGCUAUGCCAGCACUGGACGAGAGUUUGCAGCCUUUUUUGCCAAGAAGAAACCUCAAAGGCCAAAAAAUUCUCUUUUCAAGUUCGAAUCGUCCUCCCAUGCCAUCAGUAUGAGCGCCUAUCUGCGAGAACAGAGAAGGGAGCUCUAUAGUCGGAGUGGAGAACUGCAAGGGGGUCCUGAUGACAACUUAAUUGAAGGUGGAGGAACAAAAUUUGUCUGCAAACCUGGAGCCAGAAAUAUUACCGUCAUAUUCCACCCAUUACUAAGAUUUAUUCAGGAGAUUGAGCAUGCCCUGGGUCUUGGCCCAGCCAAACAGUGUCCUCUUCGAGAGUUUCUUACCGUGUACAUCAAAAACAUCUUUCUCAAUCAAGUCUUGGCUGAGAUCAACAAGGAGAUUGAAGGAGUCACUAAAACAUCUGACCCUUUGAAGAUUCUGGCCAACGCAGACACCAUGAAGGUGCUGGGAGUGCAGCGGCCUCUCCUACAGAGCACAAUCAUUGUGGAGAAGACGGUGCAAGAUCUCCUGAACCUGAUGCAUGACUUGAGUGCAUAUUCAGAUCAAUUCCUCAACAUGGUGUGCGUGAAGCUCCAGGAGUACAAGGACACCUGCACUGCAGCUUACAGGGGUAUUGUCCAGUCAGAAGAAAAACUUGUCAUCAGUGCAUCCUGGGCAAAAGAUGAUGAUAUCAGCAGACUCUUGAAAUCUCUACCAAACUGGAUGAAUAUGGCUCAACCCAAACAGCUGAGGCCAAAAAGAGAGGAGGAAGAAGAUUUCAUAAGGGCAGCUUUUGGCAAGGAGUCUGAAGUUCUUAUUGGGAACCUGGGUGAUAAAUUAAUCCCUCCACAAGACAUCCUUCGUGACGUCAGUGACCUCAAAGCCUUGGCCAACGUGCAUGAAAGCCUGGAAUGGUUGGCAAGUCGAACAAAGUCAGCUUUCUCCAAUCUUUCUACAUCCCAGAUGCUUUCUCCUGCUCAAGACAGCCACACGAACACGGAUCUCCCCCCAGUGUCAGAGCAGAUCAUGCAGACUCUCAGUGAACUUGCCAGAUCGUUCCAGGAUAUGGCUGACCGCUGCUUGCUGGUCUUACAUCUGGAAGUGAGGGUUCACUGUUUCCACUAUCUCAUCCCUCUUGCAAAGGAGGGGAACUAUGCCAUUGUGGCUAAUGUGGAAAGUAUGGAUUAUGACCCCCUGGUGGUCAAGCUCAACAAAGAUAUCAGCGCCAUUGAAGAGGCCAUGAGCGCCAGCCUUCAGCAGCACAAGUUCCAGUAUAUCUUCGAAGGCCUGGGCCACCUGAUCUCCUGCAUCCUCAUUAAUGGUGCCCAGUACUUCAGGCGCAUCAGUGAGUCUGGCAUCAAGAAAAUGUGUAGGAACAUUUUUGUUCUUCAGCAGAAUUUGACCAACAUCACCAUGUCGCGGGAGGCAGACCUGGACUUUGCAAGGGACGGAUUUUGUUAAAGGAGCUCCAUCAAUUCUACCAUAUUUGAAGCUAUGUAAAAUACAUAAAACAGCAAUACCAAAAUAGCCAGAAAUAAUAGACUGCAGCAGUAUACCUCAGCAUUCCUUAAGCAAUGUCUAAUCAAGCAUGGACAGCAUCUGUAUUUCCAGCAAAUCUCUACAGGAAUGUUAUCUUCUAACACAGUAAUUAAUCACCAGUUGCCGUGUGUCAGAAAACUUAUUUAACAAGAAGUUGCAAAGUGCUUGUAGUUUUCUUAACCUUCUCAGACUUCCUGGCCAGUGGAAAAUAUAACACCUUUCUGUAAUAAAGAAAUGAGGGAUCUGGAGCGAUUCCAUUGAUGUUGAUUCUUCUACUCAUAGUAUUGUUAUCUUGUCUCUGUCUUUUCAUACACACCUUUCCUCUAACUGGUCUCUAAUAGGAGGGUAGAUCUUGGGUGAGCAAAGGAACCAGACAACCUGUAACAUUACCAGAAGUACAGAGAGCCUCUGUCCUCUAUGGUAAUGAUCAUUUAAGCUCUCUUAUGGUUUUAACCCCCCUGUUAAUUUUCAGAGUCAAAAAGAUACUUUAUCCAGGAAAAUCAGUGUAGAUGAGUUAGAAGGUGGAAGGGCUUUAUGAGUGUGCUUUUUUAGUUCCUUUCAUCACAGAUCAUCUUAACUUGAGCUGUCAUGCGCCUUUCCACAUGUGAGUCACAGAAGCCACCUAGGAGUCCAGAUGGUGGCAGCAUAACAAGAGAGGUCCGAACGAACGGUGAUUGGAGUCCCCAAGGUGUGUCUGACAACCUUUCUAGCUUGAGUGACGCCAUUGUUCAAAAAGAAUAUCCCAGAGUUUUCUUCCCAGUUCUCCCCUCUUUACCCCAUUUUGUCUCUUUCUCUGCCUCUUCAGCUGUCUCUUUUUUCUCCUUUAUUUCUCCAAUAGCUCUACUUCCUGCUCUCCUCCUUCAAGGUUUCAUUGCUCCUCAAUUUUUCCCCUGAUUUUGGUUUUUUUUGGACUGGUAUCUUUCAUUCUUAAACCUGCGCAAGAUAAGGAAACAAAAGCUACGGUUUGGGAAGUGGUAGGGCGAAAAAUUGUAACACCCAAGACAGAUUCUUUGCCCUGUUAUUCCUUCAUUUCUUCAUUCCUUCAUCAAAUAUUUAUUCAGCAUAUGUUCUCUGUAGGUCCUGGCCUCAUGAAACUUGCAUUACUGUGGGGCAAGAUGCAAAGUAAUAAAUAAGUAAAAUAUAUAUAAAGUAUUUCAGAUGAUAAUAUAUGCUGUAGUUAAAAAAAAAAAAAGAGUAGGCAUGGGGAGGGGACCAGAGGGUGCCAGAGUUUAAUGGAGGUAAUCCGAAAUUUUAGAGUGUUCAUGGAAGUCCUUAAUGAGAUGGUAACAUUUGAGGAAAAACCUAAAGGAAGAGUAGGAGCAAGGCAUGCAGCUAUCUAGGGAAAGAGCGUACCAGGAAAGAACGUGUAAGGGUGAAGAGCCAGAGGGAGGCAUACACUUAACAUCUGAAGAACAGAGCAGAAAGGCCAGCAUGGAUGAAGUAAGUGAGCAGGGGAAGAGUAAGAGAUGAAGUCUAAGGUUUGAUCUAAGGAGCUGAGAUCUGGAAAGUCAUUGUAAUGACACUGAGUUUUACUUUGCAUGAGGUAGGAAGCUAUUAGAAGGUUUGGAGCCAGAAGAGUGCUACAUAAUGUGAAUCAGUCUGGCCACGAUGUUGAAACUAACAUCACAGUUGUUAGUUGAGGAGGGGAGGUUGUAGGCAAAGGCAGAAGUAGGAAGGUCUGUUAGAAAACUGUGGGAAUAAUCUUCUAGAUGAAAGGUAGUGGUGAUUCAAAGCAAGAUGGUAGCACUGGAGAGGAUGAGAUAUGGUCAGAUGAGGAUAUAUUUUAAAAGUUGAGCUAACAGGAUUUGCUGAGGAAUCAGAAGUGAACCAAAGACUCCAAAGUUUUUGAUCUGAACAAUUCAAAGCAUGAAGUUUUUAUUUACUGUAAUGAAAGUGAACCAGACCAUAGCAGAGGCUAUUGAAGCAUGUGGAGGGCGGAGGGGGGGUUCAGAUAGAGAGGGGAUAACAAGAAAUGUUUGUUUGAGAUGCCUGGUAGGCACCAGAAUUGACAUAAAAAGGGAGCCGGCUAUACAACCUGGAGUUGAGGAGAUGAGAGUUUUGGAGUCAUCAGCAUAUAGGUGGGAUGUAAAGUCAUGAGAAAGGCUGAGAGGUGAGAUCUCAAUGGGAGCACAAGUAGAUGAAAAAGAGAAGCUGUCCAAGAAUUGGACCUUGGGUACCCCACUGUUGAGAUGCUGGAGUGCUAGCGAAGAACCAGCAGAGGAAAUUGAGGAGGCAGCCAACAGAAUAGGAAGGUAACUAAGAAAGGGUGUUGUCCCAGAAGUCAAGGGAAGUGUUUUAAGAGGAGUGUGUCUUCAUCUGUGUCAAAUGCUGUUGAUAGGUUAAAUUAGCUCAAGACAGAGAACUGGCUACUGGUGGGCUUGACAAGAGGCCUGAAAUGCUUUGGUUUGCAUUCCUUUAUCUUUCGUACACAACUUACCUAAAGUAGGAAUACGCUUCAAAUGUAUAUAUUUGGGAAUAAGUUCCUCACUCCUCAAGUCUACGGUAGGGUUUGAUGUCAUCAGGGCAAAACAAAAAUGCAAUUAGAGUAUUUUUAGUGUGAUAUAUAAAAGACCAAAUUGGCAGCCUUUCUUUUCUCGAGGUCAAUAUCAACAUGCAUAAAUCAUGUUGACAGUAUGUCUAUGUGCCCUUGACAUGAUGUGAUGAAAAUGGCACUUUACCAGAACCUAUUACCUCAAUCUAAUCAUGAGAAAGACAUCAGAAAGAUUCCAAUAGAGAUACAUUCUGUGAAAUACCUGAUCAGUACUCAUCCAAACUGUCAAAGCCAUCAAAAACAAGGAAAGUCUGAAAAACUAUCACAGCCAACAGGAGCCUAGGAGACAUGAUGACUAAAAUGUACUUUGACCUCCUGGAUGGGGCCCUGGAACAAAAGCAACAUUAGGUAAAAACUAAGAGGCCCUGAAUGAACUAUAGAUUUUAGUUAAAAUAAUGUGUUAAUAUUGGUUCAUUCAUUGUAACAAAUGUAUCAUACUAAUGUAAGAUGUUAAUAAUAGGGAAACUGGGUACAAAUUAUAUGUGAACUCUGUACUAUCUUCUCAAUUUUUCUGUGAAUCCAAAACUAUUCUAAAAAUAAAGUCUAUUAAUAAAAAUAUUAGGCAAAGUAUUUCAGAGAACAUUUAUCCAAUGAAAAUAUACAGGUGGCUAAUUCAUAUUAAGCAUGAAAAGAUGCUCAAAUUCAUUUGUUAUUAGGGAAAUGCAAAUUAAAACCACAAUGAGACAUCAGUCUGUGCCCACCAGGAUUGCUGUAACAAUAAAAAAAAAAAAAAGACAAUGAAAAUGUUGGCAAGGUUAUGGAGAAACUAGAACCCUCAUUUGCCGCUGGUAGAAAUGUAAAAUGGCGCAGCUGCAUCAGUUCCUCAAAAAGUUAAACAUAGAGUUAUGGUAUGACCUAGGAAUUUCAUUCCUAGGCAUAUACACAGAUAAAUGAAAACAUAUAUGAGUACAAAAAUACGCACACAAAUGUUCAUAGCAAGCAUUAUCUAUAAUAGCCAAAAAGUAUAAACAGGCUGGGCGCGGUGGCUCAUGCCUGUAAUCCCAGUACUUUGGGAGGCCAAGGCGGGCAGAUCAUGAGGUCAGGAGAUCGAGACCAUCCUGGCUAACACGGUAAAACCCUGUCCCUACUAAAAAUACAAAAAAAUUAGCUGGGCGUGGUGGCGGACGCCUGUAGUCCCAGCUGCUCGGGAGGCUGAGGCAGGAGAAUGCUUGAACCUGGGAGGCGGAGCUUGCAGUGAGCCGAGAUCGUGCCACUGCACUCCAGCCUGGGCAACAGAGCAAGACUCCGUCUCAAAAAAAAAGUACAAACAACCAGAUGUCCAUCAACAUAUGGAUGAAUAGAACGUGGUACAUUCGUACAGUGGAGUUUAUUUGGCCACAGAAAGACAUGAUGUGCUGAAUCUUGAAACAUUAUGUUAAAUUUAAGAAGCUAGUAACAAAAAGCCAUUUUGUAUGACACUAUUCAUAUGAAAUGUCCAAAAUAGGCAAAUUUAUAGAGAUAGAUUAGUAGGGGUCGAAAGGAAAUGGGGAAAUAGAUAGAGGAGUCUUUGGGGAGGGUGAUGAAAAUGCGCUAAACUAGAUUGUGCUGAUGGUUGUAUAGCUCUGUGACUAUUCUAAAAGUCCUUGAGUUGUACCCUGUAAGUCUGAAAAUUAUAUGAUAUAUGAAUUAUAUCUCGAUGAAGCAGUUUUAAAAAAAAAAAGGUUGAGUUUUAAGACUUGAAAAAUUAAAUGAUUUGUCAUAGGAAAUGUGGAGCCCAAGUUUUAUCCUCUCAUUAGUGGGGAAACUUUUAAAAGGAAAUAUUUGGCUCAUUUUUUAGUUUCCCUAAUCCAUCCUGAGAGGUAGAAGAUAAAGGAAGAAUUUUUGGAGAAGGAGGUGGUGCUUCAUAUUAGUCUUGAUAGGAAUUAUCCAGAAUAGGGAGAAAGUCAUUUGGAAGAGAAAGGGUAGUUCUGGGGACUGGAAAAGACGUUCAAGGAAGGAGGUGGUGAGAGAAGAGACCUGAGUCAUCAUCAGGCCUGAAGUCAGGGCUGGCUUAGGGCAAGCCACAAAUGCCACCUUAUUAAGGCCUUCUCUCCUGCACUUUCAAAACAUGCCUUCCUCCCCCAUCAGCACUCCCUAUUCUCCUUACCAUGAUUUUAACAAGCACAUAUCUGACAUAUUUCAUAUUUACUUAUUUGUUCCUCACCUGUCUACCCUGAAUAGAAUGUAAGCUCCAUAAGCAGGGACCCUUUUUUGUUCACUGCUGUAGCCCCAGGACCUAAACCAGUACCUGGCAUGUAGUAGACAUUCAGUAAAUACUUGUGGGGUGUUAAAGUUAUUUGGACUUUAUCCUGUAAGUAACUGAAGGAUUUUAAGCAGAGGAGUGAGAUGGUCAGAUUUAUAUUCUAAGUACAUCAUUUCAGCAGCAGUAUAGGACUUGGAUUUGAGGAAGAUAAAACUGGAGGUCUUGCCAGUCAACUGGAAGGUGAUUGCUAAGAAAGUGAUGUGUAGGGGGCUGGGUACAGUGGUUCACACCUGUAAUCCCAGCACUUUGGGAGGCCAAGGCAGGUGGAUCACAGGGUCAGGAGAUCGAGACCAUCUUGGCCAACAUGGUGAAACCCUGUCUCUACUAAAAUACAAAAAAUUAGCCAGGCGUGGUGGCACGUGCCUGUAAUCCCAGCUACUUGGGAGGCUGAGGCAGGGGAAUCACUUGAACCUGGGAGGUGGAGGUUGGAGUGAGCUGAGACUGCGCCACUGCACUCCAGCCUAGCGACAGAUCAAGACUGC